UCCAACAGAUCCCCCUGAUUUGAGCUGAGAAGACCUCUCACUUACCCACCCCUUCCAUUUAUAAUUGCCUCCAUAAACCUAAACAAUAAAAACAAACAAUAAAAACUCUCUCUCUCUCUCUCUCUCUCUCUCUCCUGGGGUGUGAUCCCCAAAACCCAGGAAAGCAUUGAAGAAUGGUAGUAAUAGGAGUUGAGUCGCAGUUAUAAGAAACCCACAACCUCACCACCACGUAUCUCAAUACACAGCAAAAAGCCACUUUACAUUAAUUUUAUAGUUCUUUCUCAUAGUCCUAGGCACCCAUAUUCUUUUAAAAAAGCUUCAGACUUCAGUCACCUCCUUUUCAUCUGGCUGCCUAAUGAGAUAUGAGUUGAAUUGAGUGAGCCAUUACAGGAUAAGGUUACUGAAAUCUGUGACUGUGAGGCUGAGGCUGGAGCCUGGUCUAUCCAAUCACUUUUUACCACCUUUCUCAACCAGAAAUUAACCAGAUGUACCUAUACUCUUAUAUUUAUACCCAUAUGCAUAAUAAUGUUAUAUGCUACAUGCAUAAAAUCCCAUUUGAAGAAACCUUUUGAUCGGCACCGAGUGGUUUUUUCUAUAGGUGGUAAAUAUGCUCUGAUAUGACUUGUGUUUCUGGGUUUGCUAAAUGCCUCUCAUUUUGCCUCCCAAAACCCAGCUUGUUUCUGUGGGCAUCUGGAUUUUUGUACUAGAGCCACCUAUACUAUGACCAUUUCCAGGUAAGAGGAUAAAAAGGCAGACUGGGGCAACUGAGAUUCUAAUCAAAACCCAUUCUCAUUUCUUUCUGGCUUCUAUUUUUCCAUUUCAGGAUUUGGUUUGAUUAGGCCAUUAAAGUUAAGAACCCCAUUUUUUCUUGUCUUUUUCUCCUCGGUUGUAAGUUGUUGCAGUGUACCAUUUUAAGGCCCUUGAAAUCUGUGACCUUCUUUGGAGGUAUUCUGGGGGCCCUUCACACUUCAUAGGCACACCUCUACUCUUGUCUUGGUUAAGUUUUUAGGUUAAGCAAACCCAUUAAAGAUAAGGUCUGCUUCUUUUGGAGUGUAUUGAAACAAAGCCAAGUAAUGGCAGAUUGGCACGGUAUCAUGUGCAAGGGUAGUGCGGGUGGUUGUAGCAGGACAUCAAUAAGAGAUGAAGAUUUUGAAGAAGAAGAUGUGUGGUCAGUUGUCAAGGAGACGAAAGAUUUAAGUCCCAAGAUGAGGAAAUCGAAGGAUUACUACUGCUCUACUUCUUCUUCUUCUUCUUCUUCUUCUUCUUCUGCAUGGCACCUCCAUAAUGCUCCAAGAAUGAUCCCAAGAGCCAAUCUUGCUAACCAACCAUUAGCAGCAACCCCCCAUGAAGCCAAGGUAGUUCAACAAUCAUCAGCUCCUGUGAACAUCCUUGAUUGGUCAAAGAUUUAUGGGAAAAAUACAAGAAUUGGCUUAUCUGCUGAUGAUGAUAUUGUUUAUGAUAAGGGGUAUUAUAAUGAUGAUGUUAAUGACAAUGAUGAUGGUGAAGGAGAUGAAAUGGUCCCUCCACAUGAGUGGAUAGCUAAGAAGCUUGCAAGGAGUCCAAUUUCUUCUUUCUCUGUGUGCGAAGGGAUUGGAAGGACACUCAAAGGGAGAGAUCUUACCAAAGUGAGAAAUGCUAUUUUGACAAAAAUAGGUUUCCUUGAGUAAUGCAAUCUCUUAAUCACCAUUUCAAAACCUAGUUAACAUCAUCAUGAUCACCAUUUCCUACCACAGUAUCUGCAUCAUCAUUUUAUCAUUUCCUGAUAAGGGUCCCAUGUAAUCUUUUAUUUGUUGUUAUUAAUUAUUGUUGCUAAUAUCAUAUGCUACGUAUUGUACUAGGGUGAAUAGAAGUUAGAGCUGCCCUUUUUGUUGUGGGUUUUUUGGAAGAGAAAAGAGAGGGCAAAAAACUUUGGCAGCCCCCGAGAUUUUGUCUUGUAGCCUGGUGGAAUGUGUUUUGGGUAAUUGUAGUGCACCUGUAACAGGAUGUGUGAAAAUGGAUUAGUUAAUUUUCAUA